UGUUAAAUUUUAAACUGCCAUGCACUCUGCUUCCAGUAUGCUGGGAGCAGUGAAAAUGGAAGGGCACGAGCACUCGGAUUGGAGCAACUACUAUGGAGAACCAGAGAGCUAUUCUUCAGUGAGCAACAUGAAUGCCGGGCUGGGCAUGAACACCAUGAACACCUACAUGGGCAUGCCCGCCAUGAGCACGGCGGCCAACAUGACGGCGGCCAGCCCCACGUACCGGCGCAGCUACACGCACGCCAAGCCGCCCGACUCCUACAUCUCGCUCAUCACCAUGGCCAUCCAGCAGUCGCCCAACAAGAUGCUGACGCUGAGCGAGAUAUACCAGUGGAUCAUGGACCUCUUCCCCUUCUACCGCCAGACCCAGCAGCGCUGGCAGAACUCCAUCCGCCACUCGCUCUCCUUCAACGACUGCUUCCUCAAGGUGCCGCGCUCCCCGGACAAGCCGGGCAAGGGCUCCUUCUGGACCCUGCACCCCGACUCGGGCAACAUGUUCGAGAACGGCUGCUACCCGCCGCACUCCAGCCCCCCGCCCUGCCAGGAGCACAAGCGCGCCCUGGCCGACCUGAAGGGCAACCCGGCGCUGAGCCCCGCCGGCCAGGCACCUUCGCCCGCCCAGCAGCAGCAGCAGCAGCAGCAUCACCUGCUGGCUCAGCACCACCCGGGGCUGGCGCACGAGGCGCACCUCAAGCCCGAGCACCACUACGCCUUCAACCACCCCUUCUCCAUCAACAACCUGAUGUCGUCCACGGAGCAGCAGCACCCCCACCACCACCCCCACCAUCACCCCCACCACCACAAAAUGGACCUCAAGGCAUACGAACAGGUGAUGCACUACUCCGGCUACGGCUCGCCCAUGCCCGGCAGCCUGGCCAUGGGCGCUGUAACGAACAAAAGUGGCCUAGAGUCCUCCCCACUGGCUGGAGAUACUUCUUACUACCAAGGUGUGUAUUCCCGACCCAUCAUGAACUCCUCCUAAGGCGGGCUCCCUCUUGCCACCAGCCCUCCCCCUCCCUUAUUCCAUCCCCUCCUCCCCAUGCAAGGGAGGCCCGGACUUUGAUCCUGAUGAUGGUAAUGAUUUUCGUUGGCUCCAGAUGUUGUGUAAUUUGGGACUUGCUAGUUCUGUGUGCUACACAUCCGCCCGCAAGGAGGACAACUUCCCACCCAGCCAGCCUGACCCCAAAUCCGCCUGGCUUUGGAUGGGGCCCAUAGACGCCCAACCACU